UUUUCAAAUCCUUACAGAUUCGUGAAAAAAACCUUCAAAUUCGCAAUGGCAUCAAAACGUAUUGUCCAAUCGUCUGUCAACUGGGCCGCUCUCGCUGAGCGUGUUCCCCCAAACCAAAAGGCCAACUUCCAGUCUUUCAAGACCAAGUCAGACAUUUACGUUCGCGCCGUCAUGGCCAACCCAGAGAACCCACCCAAAAUCGACUGGGCUCAAUACAAAGCUGUCAUUCCAAUUCCCGGAUUGGUUGACAAAUUCCAAAAGCAAUAUGAAGCUUUGAAAAUCCCCUACCCAGCUGACAAUGUCAGUGCUCAGGUUGAAGCUCAGGCCAAGGAAACAAAAGCCGAAAUUGAAUCGUUCAAGAAGGCAUCCAACAGUCGCAUUGCUGGCUACCAAAAGGAUAUUGAACACUUGAAGUCAUUGCUGCCAUACGACCAAAUGACCAUGGAAGACUACCGCGAUGCAUUCCCUGAGGAAGCUUUGGACCCCAUCAAUCGUCCAACAUUCUGGCCACAUGCCCCUGAAGAUCAACUUGGACAUGUUGAUAAGAAUGCUCAACACACAGAAGGUCAUUAAGUGUGUGGUUUGAUGGGUCCACUGAAAAAUUGAAUGUGGAUGUUAAGUGAAGUAAAUAGAAUUUUCCCAAAAACUAAUAAAAUGCUAAAUGGAUGUUGAAUUCGAAUUAAAUAAACGAAAUGUUUUCAAAUUCAA